AUGAAGCAGGCAGCCAUUGACGCCAAGGCCAAGUAUUUUAACUCAAAACAUGGCCCAGCCACCGAAUCAUGGAGCACCUUCGGUGAUCCCCCACUUGCUUCAGCACCCACCCUAGCCCCACCUCAACAUUCUGCCCUCGCUCCAAAUAACCAGGGUACCCAGCACCCCAAAAGGAAGGAUGGCUAA